AUGGCGCGCAUAAAACUAAAAAAACUAGAAGAAUUUCUGCAAACGGUUGAUGGGUUUGAAAAUCCUAAAAUAAUGUACGAACAAUAUGUCACUCCGUCACAUAUUGCCAGCCAUAUGCUAUAUACUAUUCAAACGAAUUACGAUGAUUUGGAGAAUAAACUGGUUUUAGAUAUUGGAUGCGGAGCUGGUAUGUUAAGCAUUGGGUCAUCACUGUUAGGAGCUUCGCAUGUAAUUGGAAUUGAAAUUGAUGCUGAUGCCGUUGAAAUAUUCAAAAAUAACGUAAACGGAUUUCGGUUGAGUAAUGUGGACUGUAUUCAGUUAGAUGUGUUAAACAUGAAUGACCCCACUAUUGAUCACAAAAUCGAUACCGUGCUCAUGAAUCCUCCAUUCGGAACCAGACAUAACAGCGGCAUUGAUAUGAAAUUUUUACGAAUAGGUCUUAACAUUGCCAACGGAAAUGUUUACUCUCUUCAUAAAACAUCAACAAGAAAUCACAUCAGAAAAAAAUGUAUUGAAUGGAAUAUUAAAGCCAUCGUGAUCGCACAACUCAGAUAUAAUCUUCCGCAAACCUACAAGUUCCAUAAAAAAUCUAACGUUGAUAUUGCCGUAGAUUUAUGGCGUUUUGAAUCGAAACAAAAAAUAUAGCAUAAUUGUUGAUAAUUAACCUUCUGCAUGUAUGGAUAAAUAAAAACUGCAUGAGC